AUGUCUUCUCAUCAUCAACUCUCAAUGAGACCAACAACCAUAUCCCAUGGCUCUCUUGAACACACUUUGUUAAUUCCAACUUCAAUAUACUUUGCUACUUCCCAAUUGAAACAACAAUUCUUGAAAAACUUGCCUGAUCCAACCGAAGGUUUUGCUUCUCCUGACGAACCUUCCUCUCCCAGUGAGCUAUUAGCCAAAUUCCUAGGCUACGCUGCUACCUUUGUUGAUCCCUUGUCUCCUGGCCCAUUUGAUGAUGUUCUCAAUUUAUCCUUAAACGAAUUCGAAUCUCGAUACCUUCAAAAUAAUAAAUUGGAUCUACACACCUUUGCCGCUUCUCUAUUGACUGACGAAAAAUUCCCAACUUCAAUAGAUAAAGUUAAACACUUAAUCAAAAACUACUACAUUGCAAAGUCUGUCUCCAUCAAUGACAGCUCCUCUUCUGCCUCAAUCUCUCCUCCCAAAAAAAGUGCUCUAUUAUCAAACCCGAAUGCAAUCAUCUACGCUGUCUUUGGUGGCCAAGGUAACACUGACAACUACUUUGAAGAACUAAGAGAUCUAUACAACAUAUAUCAACCUCUAAUCAAAGACUUCAUCAACAAAAUGGAUCAAACCCUAAAGGACUUGGUAUUGAAAACAGAGGGCUCGGAGAAGGUCUUUUCCCAGGGUCUAGAUAUCAAAACUUGGCUCUCCUCAAGAGAAAAAACUCCAGACAGCGACUAUCUCCUACUAACCCCAGUCUCCUCCCCAAUCAUUGGUAUCAUCCAAAUUGCCCACUACGCUUUGGCCUGCAAAAUACUAAAUCUAUCUCCUGGUCAGCUAAGACACCAUCUUAAAGGUGCAACUGGUCACUCUCAAGGUUUAGCCGCUGCUGUUGCACUUGCUGCUUCUGACUCCUGGGAUUCCUUUUAUGAAAACUCCAUAAAGGCCAUUUCUCUAUUGUUCUUUAUAGGUGUUCGUUGCCUACAAGUUUACCCAAAUACUUCCCUACCCCCAUCCGUUUUUUCAGACUCAAUUGAAAAUGGCGAGGGAAAACCUUCCCCAAUGUUAUCAAUCAGAGAUCUAUCUCUAGAACAAGUCCAGGACUUUGUCAAUAAAACUAACACACACUUGCCAAAAGAGAAAAAACUAGUCAUAUCCCUUAUUAACGGUGCAAGAAAUCUAGUUGUAAGUGGUCCUCCACAAGCUUUAUGUGGCUUAAAUCUUGCUCUAAGAAAGGCAAAGGCUCCAGCUGGUUUAGAUCAAGCAAGAAUCCCUUAUUCUGAAAGAAAAUUAAAAUUCUCAUCCAGAUUCUUACCAAUUACCUCUCCAUACCAUAGUCCCUUAUUAGAUCCUGCUUUAGACACCAUUGUCCAAGAUUUAGAAUCAAAUUCAAUAGAAUUCAUCCCAUCUACUCUACAAAUCCCUGUUUUCGAUUCCUACAAAGGCCAAAAUUUGGCAGAAUUCUCUUCAGGCUCAUUAGCUAAACAUGUUGUAAUGUCAAUUAUUACAUACCAAGUCAAUUGGGAAAAGGCAACAAAUUUUAAAUCAACUCAUAUUCUUGAUUUCGGUCCUGGCGGUUUGUCUGGUUUAGGUGUCUUGACUCACCGUAAUAAAGAAGGUACUGGCUCCAGAAUCAUUCUUGCUGGUGCCUUCGAUAUUCCAAACUCUGAUGACGAAUUUGGUUUUAAACAAGAACUUUUUGAUUCAAAUCAGGAAUCCGUAUACUGGGCUUCCAACUGGUUUGCUGAAUUCAAACCAAGAUUAAUUAAAACUGUCUCAGGCCAAACCUAUGUUGACACUAAAUUCUCAAGAUUAUUAGGUAGAGCUCCACUAAUGAUUCCCGGUAUGACCCCAUCAACUGUCAGUUCAGAUUUUGUUGCAACCAUCCUAAAUUCAGGCUAUCAUGCUGAAAUAGCUGGUGGUGGUUAUUUCACUGCUCCAAUGAUGACAAAGGCUUUGGAAACCGUUACCCAAAAAAUCACCCCCGGUUAUGGUAUUGGUAUUAACUUGAUCUAUGUUAAUCCAAGAAUGUUACAAUGGGGUAUUCCAAUGAUUAAAGAAUUAAGAGAAAAGGGCCUACCAAUUCAAUCCCUAUCAAUUGGUGCCGGUGUUCCAUCCUUGGAUGUGGCCUCUGAAUAUAUCGAAACUCUUGGUUUAACUCAUCUAGGUCUUAAACCUGGUUCCAUUGAAUCUAUUGCUCAAUGUAUAACUAUUGCAAAAGCUCAUCCUGAUUUCCCAAUUGUUCUACAAUGGACUGGUGGUAGAGCUGGUGGUCACCAUUCAUUUGAAGAUUUCCACCAACCAAUCUUACAAAUGUACGCAAAGAUCAGAAAAUGCUCCAACAUCAUCCUUGUGGCCGGUUCAGGUUUUGGUUCGGAUAAAGAAACUUAUCCAUACCUAACUGGUGAAUGGUCAACUAAAUUCAAUUAUCCACCAAUGCCUUUUGAUGGUUUUCUUUUUGGUUCAAGAGUUAUGAUUGCAAAAGAAGCUAAAACUUCUCCAAAGGCUAAAGAAGCCAUUGCCAAUUGCUCCGGUGUAUCUGAUGAGUCAUGGGAACAAACUUAUAAAAGACCAACUGGUGGAAUUGUCACCGUCAGAUCUGAAAUGGGUGAACCAAUUCAUAAAAUUGCCACUAGAGGUGUUUUACUAUGGAAGGAAUUUGACGAAAAGUACUUCAAACUACCCAAAAAUAAACUUCUUGACGCUUUGAAUAAGAACAAAGACAACAUUAUUAAACGUUUGAAUUCAGAUUUCCAAAAACCAUGGUUUGGUAAGAACGUUUUCGGUUCUUGUGAUAUUGAAGAUAUGACUUAUGGUGAAUUGAUCUUAAGAUUAAUUGAAUUGAUGUUUGUUAGAUCUUCCAAUCGUUGGAUUGAUAUUUCUUUAAGAAAUUUCACAGGAAGAUUAAUUAGAAGAAUUGAAGAAAGAUUUAUUAAAUCCAAGUCAUUCUCUGUUUUACAAACUUUUGAAGAAUUAGAUAACCCAGAUGAAGUUUACCAAAAUCUUAUUCAUACUUAUUCUGAUAUUGAAGACCAAUUGGUCAAUCAAGAAGACUGUGAUUAUUUCUUAUUGGAAUGUCAAAAUCCAGCACAAAAACCAGUUCCAUUUGUUCCUGUUUUAGAUGAAAGAUUUGAAUUUUUCUUCAAGAAAGAUUCUUUAUGGCAAUCCGAAGAUCUUGAAGCAGUUGUUGACCAAGAUGUUCAAAGAACUUGUAUUUUGCAUGGUCCAGUUGCAGCCCAAUACUCCAAUGUGGUUGAUGAACCAGUCAAAGAUAUCUUGGAUGGUAUUCAUAAUGGUCAUAUUGAAAGAUUACUUGAAGAUUACUAUGAUGGGGAUGAUGAAAAUAUCCCUAUUGUUGAAUAUUUCGGAAAUGUUUCCUUCCAAAAGGCUCCAAAAGAAGUGGAACAUGUCACAACUACUAUUGAUGAUGAUACUGUCACAUAUACUAUUGGUUCAAAGCACUUGCCAAAAAAGAAAGAAUGGUUAGACUUAUUAGCCGGAUCUGAACUUUCUUGGUUGCAUGCCUUUAUUUCCAGUGAUAGAAUUGUUCAAAAUAGCAAUUUUGUUGCUAACCCAACUCAUAAAGUGUUGGCACCUGCUAAAAAUAUUUCUGUUGAAAUUACUAAUAUUAGUACUCCUGAACAAUCUGUAUUAACCUUUUAUGAAAAAUUACAAGGAAAAUUAAGACCCGUUGUUGAAAUAGAAUUAAAAUCCGAUUUAGAAACUAUUGCUUUGAAAUUAAUUGAACACCGUAAUUUUGAUAAACAACCAUUACCAUUAGAAUUGUUAUAUACAUUUGAUAGAAGCGAUGGUUUUGCAUUAAUCAAAGAAAAUAUGGUAGGCAGAAAUGACAGAAUUAAACAAUUUUACUGGAAAUUGUGGUUUGGUAUUGAAGAACCUCAAACUGAAAUCGAUGUGCAAUCUUUGAUUACAGGCGAUGAAGUUACAAUUACCACAAGGGCUAUUGCUGAAUUCACCCAUGCUAUUGGUAAUAACUGUGAAUCUUAUGUUGAAAGAUCUGGUAAAGAAACCUUAGCACCAAUGGAUUUUGCUAUUGUUGUUGGAUGGAAAGCAAUUAUGAAAGCUAUUUUCCCUAAAGUUAUUGAUGGUGACUUAUUAAGAUUAGUUCAUCUUUCAAAUGGAUUCAAAAUGAUUCCAGGUGCUUCUCCAUUAAAGCUGGGAGACACAGUUACCACAUAUGCUGAGAUUAAGGCCGUUACUAAUAAGCCAAGUGGAAAACAAGUUCGUGUUGUUGGUAUUAUUCUUAGAGAUGGUGAAGAAGUUAUGGAGGUUACCUCUGAAUUCUUCUAUCGUGGAGAAUAUGAUGAUUAUGAAAAUACUUUUGAAAAAAUUGAAGAAACCCCAAUGCAAAUUCACUUUUCAUCAUUGAAAAAUGUUGCUGUUUUAAUAUCUAAAGAGUGGGUUCAUUUGGAAGAUCCAAAUAUAGAUUUACUUGAUCAAACAUUGACAUUCCGUUGCAACACUGAAGUUACUUACAAAAGCAAAAAUGUUUUCUCAUCUGUUCAAACUACAGGCCAAAUUUUAUUGGAAUUACCAACCAAAGAGAUUAAAGAAAUUGGUGUUAUUGAAUAUGAAGCUGCUGAAUCAUAUGGUAACCCAGUUAUGGAUUAUCUUACCAGAAAUGGUAAUACGAUUGAGCAACCAGUUUUAUUUGAUAAUUCUAUCCCACUUUCAUCUGGUAUUGAGCUUAUUGAAAAGACACCGGAUACUAAUGAAGGUUAUGCAGCAGUUUCUGGCGAUUACAAUCCUAUUCAUGUUUCAAGGGUUUUCUCUGAGUAUGCUGGAUUGCCAGGAACCAUUACACAUGGAAUGUAUACUUCGGCUAUUGUUCGUGCUUUAGUUGAAACCUGGGCUGCAGAUAAUGCUGCACCAACCGUUCGUGCUUACAGUUGCAAAUUUGUUGGUAUGAUCUUGCCAAAUUCUAAUUUAGAGACCAGUCUUGAUAUGAUUGGUAUGAUCAAUGGUCGUAAGAUUAUCAAGGUGGAGACCAAGAAUGUUGAUACCGGAUCGGUUGUUCUCACUGGUGAAGCGGAAAUCGAACAACCAUCGUCAGCAUAUGUUUUCACCGGACAAGGUUCUCAAGAACAAAAUAUGGGUAUGGAUCUUUAUAAUAAAUCUAAAGUUGCUAAAGAGGUUUGGGAUAGAGCCGAUAAACAUUUCCUUAACAGUUAUGGUUUUUCUAUUUUGGAUAUUGUGAAAAAUAAUCCAAAUGAAAUGACAAUCUACUUUGGUGGAGCUGAAGGUAGAAAGAUCAGACAAAACUAUAUGAGUAUGAUGUUUGAAACCAUCGAUGAAGAUGGAAACCUCAAAUCCGAGAAGAUUUUCAAGGAUAUUGUUAAAGAGACAAAUUCAUUUACUUUUAAAUCACCAACUGGGUUGUUAUCAGCCACACAAUUCACACAACCUGCAUUGACAUUGAUGGAAAAGGCAUCGUUUGAAGACCUUAAAAGCAAAGGAUUGGUUCCUCAAGACUGUAUGUUUGCUGGUCAUUCAUUAGGUGAAUAUUCUGCUUUAGCUUCUUUGGGAGAUGUUAUGCCAAUUGAGUCCCUUGUUGAGGUUGUAUUUUACAGAGGUAUGACAAUGCAAGUUGCAGUCCCAAGAGAUGAGAAGGGAAGAUCCAACUAUGGUAUGAUUGCUGUGAACCCAUCAAGAGUAUCAACGACAUUUACAGAUGCUGCUUUAAGAUUUGUUGUUGAACACAUUGCAAAACAAACGCAGUGGCUAUUGGAAAUUGUCAAUUACAAUGUGGAGAAUCAACAGUAUGUUGCUGCUGGUGAUUUGAGAGGAUUGGAUGCAUUAACCAAUGUUCUUAAUGUCUUCAAAUUGCAAAAAAUUGAUAUUGAAAAGUUGCAAGAAAUAAUGUCAUUGGAAGAAGUUGCUGGACACUUGAGUGAGAUUGUUGAAGAGGUGUCCAAAAAGACAUUGGAAAAGCCCCAACCUAUUUCGCUUGAAAGAGGAUUUGCUUGUAUUCCAUUGAAAGGUAUCUCGGUUCCAUUCCACUCGUCGUACCUCAGAAGUGGUGUCAAGCCCUUCCAAAGAUUCCUUGAGAAGAAAGUGCCCAAGUCAGCUAUCAAGCCAACCAACUUGAUUGGCAAGUAUAUCCCCAACUUGACUGCCAAACCAUUUGAGAUAACCAAAGAGUACUUUGAAGAAGUCUACGAGCUAACUCGCUCGGAGAAGAUCAGAUCCAUCAUUGCUAACUGGGAGAGCUACGAGACCGAAUAG